GCGGCAGGAAACCGGAAGCAGCCGCGGCCCCAACUCGGGAGACAUGGCUGGCGUUAAAGCUCUUGUGGCUUUAUCCUUCAGUGGGGCUAUUGGGCUGACUUUUCUUAUGCUGGGAUGUGCCUUAGAGGAUUAUGGUGUGUACUGGCCCUUGUUUGUCCUGGUAUUCCACGCACUCUCUCCCAUCCCCCAUUUCAUUGCCAAAAGAGCAACGUAUGACUCCGAUGCAACAAGUAGUGCCUGUCGGGAACUGGCUUAUUUUUUCACUACUGGAAUUGUUGUGUCUGCCUUUGGAUUUCCCGUUAUUCUUGCUCGUGUGGCUGUGAUCAAAUGGGGAGCCUGUGGUCUUGUGCUGGCGGGCAAUGCAGUCAUUUUCCUUACAAUUCAAGGUUUUUUCCUUGUAUUUGGAAGAGGAGAUGAUUUUAGCUGGGAGCAGUGGUAGCACGUGCUUUAUUCUGAUAAAAUGCGUUUAAUUUCUUAGAAUUUAUACUAUAUGUAUAUGUGUGCACAUGUGGCCUUUUACUAUGAAAUUUAAUAUGCUGGGUUUUUUAUACCUUUGUAAUCAUGUUCACAUGAAGAAGGACUCCCAGGGGAAAAGGUUACUUUGAGUCCUAGCCAAUAGACUUCUCCAUUUACUCAAGUCGAAUUAUGUUCUUUGUUAAGCGAGUCACAUAGCCACAGGUGCUCUCGGAGAAUAUGUUAACACAGUUUCAAAGACAGCUGCUCACGUCCUGUGAUGCCUGUUUGCCUUUUGCCCAGGGUUGUGCUUGAGUAGGCACGUAACACUGGGGCCCUCUCAGCUCUGCUCGGGACUCCCAAGACAUACCUGUGGCCCACAGAGGCAGAGGUGGCUCCCUCUUUGUGUCGUAGGCUCUUGCUUCUCAGAGUGUGGUCCAUAGGCCAAGAUCAUCAGCAUCUCGAAGUGUGGUCCCUGGGAGCUUAGUACAAAUGUAGCAUCUGAGGCCCCACCCCCAACCCACUGCACUUUUGCUAUGAGUCCCAAGUGAAUCACAUGCAUGUUGAAGUUGGAGAAGCGCUGUCUUGGUGGAAUAAGCACGGCCUUCCCCUUGGCUUAAACACGUAACCUUUCUGGUCGUUAGCUGCCUGUUAGAACUGUUUUCCCCCGGCCCCUUAGGCUGAGGCCUCAUUCAGGCUCCUUGGCAGUGACGAAAUGUCCAAACUAUAACCUAUACGCUGUUCCUCAAUUUGUGAAGUGUUCUCGGGAGGGAGCAGCGGUGGCUUCUCAUUGUCUGAAAGGCCGUGGCUGUCUUCACGUGGCUGGGGGCCCAGAGCCCCCACUGGGAGACGGUAGGGAGACUGGGCUGGAACCAGCCCCCUUUUUUAGCAGGCCAGGGAAGAGUGGAUUAGUGAUACUGUUUAGUUUCCCUUUAUAAUCUGACAUUUCUCCCCAGUUGGCUAUGCUGGUCCCCACUCACCCACCAACCCCACCAACUCCCUCCCUACCCAAACACACUCUCCCAGCAGUUUUGAUCUGCCCUCACUUCUUCGUGGCUCUGGCUUCUCCUUUCUACAGACAUGAAGCCAGGUAAGCAAGCGGAGGGUGAGCUGCUUAAUUUUAUUUACAUGUUGAUGUACUUACUGUCUUUUGUGUCCUGUGGCUUUAAAAAAUACAACACUCGAUGCCACUUUUAAGUGAAUCAUUGAGAAUUCAUGGCAUGCUGAGUCCUGUAAUCAGUCUUUCUAGCUCAGCUUUUUGUCUAAGACCUAUGGAGAAAGGGAAAUGUGGGAAAUAGAACCAUCACUUGAUUAGAAUAUAGCAAUGAUUUCAAACCGUUGUUAAUGUAUAAACUGACAUUCAUUCAAAACACUGAAACCUUGACGUUUGUAACCCCUUCCUUUUCUGGAAUGAUGCUGGGAUGAGACGAUAGAUGAGAUACCUGAAAGGAGAAUGUGCAAAGUGGUAUUUUAGCCUUGUGCAUGAUUUUAUCUUUUCUCUAUUCCAUGUAUGUGUAAAAUUGUUGACAUUGUCAUUUCCGGUAUUUAUAUUAGAAAAAUCCUAUGGACACUUUAUAAUUUUAACCAGCAUUUUUAACAACACUUGCACUUGCUGUAUUGUAAUAAAUUUCACUUUUA